GACAUUGCCGAAAAACGGAGCUACUUAAGUUUGCCAGUAAUUGAUUCUUUGUUGUUUUCAAAGCUGUAUCUUCUUGUGCGCAUUCAUUUAGUUAGAAGUGGAAAAAUAUUCAGCAAAAUGCCCCCUCGAAGUAAGAGAAAAUCCACCAACACCACUUCACCGAACAGUAGUCCUGGCAACUCUGAAGCUUCGAAUGCAACCAUGAUACCAGAAUCGCCCCCAACAAAACAGCCGAAAGGUGGAAUUCAGUGGAGCUAUCAUGUGAAACUAUUGGGGGGCAAGGACAAGGGGUUGCAGCCUCUUCUGUUCAGGAGGGACCCUAACUCGGCCAACUCUCCUGUGAUCUAUGGGUUCGACAUAGACGACACGAUUAUCACGCCGAAGAGUGGAGCUAAGUUCGCAAAAAGCGCCUCCGACUGGAAGUUCCUGCUUCCAAGUGUCCCUGAAACACUUAAGAAACUGCAUGAACAGAAAAUAGGAGUGAAGCUAGUUUUCUUCACGAAUCAGGCUGGCAUCGAAAAGGGCAACACCUCCCCUCAGACUCUCAUGAACAAGUUCGAUGACGUCAUCAGAGAACUCAACUUACCCAUCAAUGUGUACAUAUCAACUGGUAACAGUCACUUCCGUAAACCAAGCUGUGAGAUGUGGAGUUUCAUGGCAGCCAAUCACAAUGGCGGAUUACAACCAGAUCUGUCCAAGUGUGUGUUCGUGGGUGACGCGGCCGGAAGAGCCAAAGAGUGGAAACCAGGAGCGAAGAAAGAUUUCUCCUGUUCUGACCGACAAUUCGCAGCAAAUAUAGGCUGCCAAUUUCACACCCCGGAAUCUUUCUUCCUCAAGGAAGAGGGCGGCGAAACUAAGUUCGACUGGGGUUCGUUUGAUCCUCGUUCUGCCAAGGAGCUGUUCAAGACGCACUACGAGAAACAAUACCACAAGUUGACUCCUGAACUAGUGGUGCUGUGUGGACCCCCUGCCUCCGGCAAAAGCACCUUCUUCCGUCGUUUCUUCCUCCCCCACCCCCACUACACACACGUGAACAGGGACACUCUCUUAACUGAAGCUAAAUGUCUCAAGGCUGCAGAAGAAGCAUUCAAGGAAGGAAAGAGUGUGGUGGUGGACAACACAAACCCAUCAGUGGACUCCAGGGCUCAAUCGGUGGCUAUAGCUAAGAAACACGGUGUUCCCGCCAGAUGCUUCAUCAUGGACACUCCAGUUUCAGUAGCCAGACAUCUGAAUUUUGUGAGACAGAUUGACACUGAAGGCGAAGUGAGGAGAGUUCCUGAUGUGGCCUACAACAUCUACAAGAGUAAAUUCACUGAGCCAGAAUUAAAAGAAGGAUUUGAAGAAAUAGUCAAGGUCCCGUUUUAUCCAAUGUUCGAUGAAUUCGCUAACGAAAAGCUGUUCAGCCAGUGGACCGAGGGAUGAGAAGAUGGUUCCAAAUAGUCGCUCUUAGAAGGAAGUAUGGCAGUUGAAAACAAAAACGUUUGAACAGAGUUAUUUUUUGGAGAAUCUCUGUUUAUGCGGCAUUGUGCAAAAUAUAAAUGUCCGGCACUUUUGAAUUGUUUGAUUGUCGUAAUUUAGAACGUUAUUUGCCAAAAUAAUUGAUAUUCAAAUUUUCAGCUUCUGUAUUUCAAGUUAAUAC